UGUUUGCUUCGGUAAAUUGUACCUAAAGUCUAUAAAUUUUGUACAAGCUUUGAAUAUAUUGAAGAUGUCGAGCUCCGUAGCACACACGGGAAAAAAGAAAUCAUGGCGUGAGAUUCACCGUGAACAAAAAGAACAAAGAAAGAUUUAUCGUGAACAAAAUCUGUUGAAAAAGUUGGAAAAGCAGAAUAAGCGCGAUGAGCAGGAACGUCAAAGGGCGGAAAAAGACAUACAGGAGAAAUUAACACCAGCCGUGUCAACACUUAGUAUAGCUGUACCCGGUUCAAUACUUGAAAAUGCUCAAUCGGAAGAACUACGUACAUAUCUAGCGGGGCAAAUAGCACGAGCUGCUUGCAUUUUUAAAGUAGAUGAAAUCAUUGUUUUUGAUGAUCUGGGUGAAGAUAAUGCAAAACGCUCAAAAACUAGUGACACUUGGCAAGAGGAUGGCGAGACUAAAAACAUUAGGCAUUGCUGUUUACAACUAGCCAGAAUCUUACAAUAUUUAGAAUGUCCACAAUAUUUACGGAAAUUUUUCUUUCCAUUACACAAAGAUUUAAAGUAUACUGGCCUCUUGAAUCCACUUGAUGCUCCGCAUCAUUUGCGUCAACAAAGCGAGUUUAUUUACCGUGAAGGCGUCGUGAGCGGAAAACCACCCAAGCAAAGCAAAGGCUCAUACAUAAAUAUUGGUCUUUUGAAUGACUGCUUAGUCGAUAAAAUACUUACUCCAGGCUUAAGAGUUACAAUUAAAUUGGAGUUAAAUCAAGAUUUAAAAUCAAAGAAAAUCAGGGGUAAAAUUGUCUCGCCGCUUCAACCACGUCUUGAAACAGGAGUAUAUUGGGGUUACACUGUUCGAAUUGCAAAAUCUUUUUCCGAUAUUUUUACUAAAUCUCAGUAUGAGAAUGGUUAUGAUUUGACAAUUGGAACAUCUGAUAAGGGAACGAAUAUUCACAGUUUAACGGAAAAAUCAUUGAAAUUUAAUCAUGCAUUGAUUGUUUAUGGUGGUGUUUUGGGUUUAAAUGCGGCCAUUGAAAACGAUGAAAACUUGGAUGUCGAUGAUCCUAGUUUGUUGUUUGACAAUUAUAUCAACGUUGCACCCAAUCAAGGAUCGCGUACUAUCAGGACAGAGGAGGCAAUAUUAAUAUCAUUAGCAGCUCUUGAUGAAAAAAUGCAACCACAACAUGAACCAAAAGUGUUUGAUUUAUCCCAUCAAAUUGCGAGGAGUGAAGACACUGGAAUCAAGCAACCAAUGAAAUUUCAUGGAAAACGAAACCAUAAACAGAUGAAUUAUCAACAUAGUAAUCAGCAUGAAUCCACUCAUAAUUUUACAGGAUCAUUCGAAGAAGAUAUUCUAACAUUGGAAACAUAACAAUUAUCUAAUCUUCAGUUAAAUAAAUAACGAAAUAAAAGAGAACAAGUUA